AUGUCAUUCUUUCGACGACUCUCCAACCGCUUGCAUAACCACCCAUCUAGAAGAUUUGGUCGUUACAGAGGUGGUGGUGGUAGUGGCACAGCACACACUUCAUUGCGUACCGACAAUGUAGAUAUGGCAUCAGCAGGGGAGCGAGGAGAAUUAGUGCCUCCUUCCAGUGCAGGACUACGUCGUCGCCACAAUGCAGCAUUGUCAACGUCCUCAGCAUCAACAAGUUCGUCUGUUCGAAGAGCCACCUUGGCAGCUACAAGGGCAGCAGCUGCAGCAACAGGACCUCCUCCACCAUCUAUUCUACCCUUUGACUCUCAGUUUAUGAAUGCAGCCAUACAACCACAACCACCUUCAUCAUCCAAUGCAAGUAGUUCAGCAGCUUCUACUGCUUCGGCCGUUUCAAACCGAUCCGAUUUAUCACAUAUGCUCUCUGAAAUCAUUACCACAGCCAUCCUAUCCUCACUCAACUCGACAACCACCACUACGACUCGAGAUAACGAAUCCCAACAACAACAACAAAAUGAACAACGAUCAGAUAAUACGUCCUUUCGAUAUUAUAUUCAGGUACCUAUUCGUGGCGGAGGUGGUAACCAUGAACAUGGUGAUGAAGCUCGUGUGCUUCCUAUUGUCGUCAUUGGUUACCGUUCAUCACCAUCAUCGUCUGGAGAAUCACCUACUUCUAUGUCAGGGAUGCCAUUACCACCACAACCACCGCAACCACCAUUCUCUUUUCAUUCACGUCCUCGUCCACGAUCCACGGUAUCCACAUCAUCGUCAUUGGCUACUUUACAAUCCAUGCCUUUAUCCGUACACUCGAAUCGUACAGCAGCAGCGGCAGCAGCAGCAGCAGCAGCACAGCAACAGCAACAAGCUCCGCCACCUCCACCACCACCUCCUUCAUCCACCACCACUACUACGGCUGCACCACCACCACCAUCACAACAACAACAACAACAACAACAGCCAACAACAGCCUCAACAACAAACAAUGAUGGAGGACAAUGGAUGAUUUAUGUACUCAGUGGUCAGGGUGUGAGUCCUGUGCUUUCGGAUAAUCCUUCGUACGAAGAUCUAUUAUGGCUAUCCAAUAUUAUUGGUCCCGCACGACCUGUUACAACGACCCAGGCUGCCAUUGAUGCCGUUACUCCUGUGAUUCCAUGGUCAGAUGACACCAAACAUCGGGCAAAGGGCACUGAAAGAUGUUUAGUAUGCCUGGAUGAUUUCGUUCCAAAGCAAUCAGUCCGUGUUUUGAAAUGUGCUCAUGUAUUUCAUCAAGAAUGUGUGGAUCGGUGGCUCUGUGAAACACACAAUUCAUGUCCUGUGUGCCGUGGUAUUCCUGUGGACGGAUGA